AUGCACGAGAAUGGCUCAGCGAGGAAGAGGGCACCUGCGCAGAAGAGGGCGUUACGAGGAAGCCCUCAGGGCAUCAAAGUGGGCGAGGAAAAGGGCGGCGACAACGGCACUGGAGCAGAAGAGGGCGAUGGCGUUGACAACGACAAUGGCGAGGAGGAGGAGGCAGACAUGGCGACGGAAGAACUGGCCGAUAUCGCAGGGAUGAUGGAAAUUCGAAGGCAAGGAAGAAGGCGCCCAAAUUCUGGACAGCGGCCAGAUGGCGCAUGCGGUCUAUUUGUGCGAGACAAACAGAGGCUGAGAAGCGGCUCGUGA